UUGAUUUUGAAUUAGAGAAAAGACUAAGAUUUUGAUCACCAUGGCAACUAGAUGCUUAGGCUUUGCAACAUUAGUGCUUACUGCAAGCAUCUUAAUAUUAGAAAUUUCUUCUCAAACUGAAUGUGGUGGUGACAUAUCUCAGAUUAAAACCCAAUGUAGAGGUUUUGUUGAAAAGGAUGGGCCAAAAAUUCCACCAUCAGAACCUUGUUGUGAAGCAAUGAAAGGUCUUGAUGUCUCAUGUCGGUGCAAAUAUGUGACUCCAGGUGUUGAGGCUAAAAUCAGCAUAGAAAAAGCUUUGUAUGUAGCUCAAACUUGCCAAUGCCAAAAUAUUCCUACAGACAAGUGUGGAAGUUAUACCAUUCCUCAUUCUGCUCAUUCAAAGGCUUGAUGCCAACGUUGGGCUGGGUGUGCAUGCAACCAAUUGUAUUAGCUUGAUAUCAAAUUAUAUGUAUGAAUAAUAAUAUGCCCCUGCAACAAUGAAUUAUAUGUAUGAAUA